UGUGUUAUUUCAAAUUCGAAAUACAAUUUUGAGAUCAAACGCAAAAUGGCAGAAUUUAACCUCAAGUCGCAACUGGAUCUACUCAAYGAUUACUUGGACAGAGAGAUGGAAAGCGUCAAAACCGAGUAUUACGUCAUCAAGCCCGAUGGUAAGGGAAACGGCCGCAAUCGUCCGAUGACCGUCAAUGRAAACGUGUCGACGAACAGAACGAAUGGAUCACCCUACGGCUGUAAUGACUUGGAUCGUCAGCUGCCACCACCAUCRCWGYGCACGUGGGAAACGUACAACAGCGACAGCGUGUCAUUUCCACGGACAGCCUCCAGUAAUAGGACCAAAGCCAUGGACAUCAUCGAUCCAGAGACUGGCGAAAAAGUACAAUUAUGA